GUAUUUAUAAAUUUUUAUAUUUUGAACUCUUCUCUCUCUCUCUCUCUCUCUCUCUCUCUUCCAUUCAGAUUCACCCUCUGCCACCGGAAUCGCGAGUUUUUCACCGGAAAACCGCCGGCUAGCCGGCAUCUCCCGUCGGAUAUAUUGCCAUCUGUAGAGGACCUGUGUUGUGAGUGAACUCUGAUUCAUAGCAUAACUUUCUGAUUGGGAACUUGGCAUGGGAGUUGUGACUGUUUCUAGCUCGGCUUCAAGGACUCCGUUGGGAUUGAGCACUAGAUUUUUGUCUUACGAAGCUCCAUUAAAAAGACCAUUAAUUUUAGCAUUCAAAAGAGAUAAAACUAAGAACACAUCAUUGGUUGCACCCCAUGAAACGAUAUCUUUACCCAUUAAGAGACCUAAAGAGAACCAGAAGAGACUAAGAAGAGCUACAAAGCCUUUAGAAAGAGUAAAUGCUGUCUCUAUAGAUGAAACUUCUCCAUCCACUUUGGAAUUGGAUUACAAUGAAGCCGCUGCCAAACUUGAAAAUAUAUACAAGCUUAGCCCCACAAGUUUUGUUUCUGAUACAGAAGAGAUAAAUCGAUUGGUGAGGAGAGGGCGGCAGCGGAGAAAGAAGAUUGGGGAAGGUGAUGAGAAAGCAGAGAAUAGAGGUAAGAGUGUGGUGAGGAAUAGAAGGAAGAAAGUUAGACGAUUGAGACUUGAUGAGAGGGUUGCAUUGAGAAAGAGCGAGGAAGGUGAAGUGGUUGCUUCAGUUCACAAAAGAGAGCAUACUGAGGAUGAAGAUGAAAGAAUUAAUAGGCUUGUCAGGGAGUAUUCAGCCUCAACCGACUUGGUCAGCUUGGACUGGAAGAAGAUGAAGAUACCACCAGUUCUCCCUUCUUCGGAACAUGCAUGGCUUUUCAAGUUGAUGCAGCCUAUGAAGCCACUCCUUGAAGUCAGGGAGAACUUGCAACAUGGUUUGGGGCGUGAACCGACAGAUGGUGAAGUAGCAGAUGCAACAAAAAUGAAUGUAGUUCAAGUACGAAAGCAUAUGGAGGUUGGUCGAGCUGCCAGAAACAAGCUGAUUAAGCACAAUCUCCGCCUCGUUUUGUUUGUGAUCAAUAAAUAUUUUCAAGAGUUUGCGAAUGGCCCAAAAUUCCAAGACCUCUGUCAAGCAGGAGUGAAGGGUCUUAUCACUGCCAUUGAUCGUUUUGAACCAAAAAGGAGGUUCCGGCUCUCCACCUAUGGUCUGUUUUGGAUCAGGCAUGCCAUCAUACGAUCCAUGACGACCUCAAGUUUUACACGCGUUUCCUUUGGCCUUGAGUCGGUUAGAGGAGAAAUCCAACGAGCCAAGCUUGAGUUGCUGUUUGAGCUUCAAAGGUUACCAACAGAGGAAGAGAUAAUAGAGAGAGUUGGAAUCUCUCCCACAAGGUACCAUGAAGUGAUGAGGGCUUCAAAACCCGUCUUCUCUCUCCAUACAAGGCAUGCAAUUACACAGGAAGAAUUCAUCAGUGGAAUCACUGAUGUUGACGGUGUUGGAGGCAAUAAGCGUAGGCAACCUGCUCUUCUCAGGCUCGCUCUUGAUGAUGUGCUUGACUCUCUGAAGCCUAAGGAGAGCUUGGUCAUUAGACAAAGAUACGGGCUUGAUGGUAAGGGCGAUAGAACACUGGGUGAGAUUGCAGGAAACUUGAAUAUAUCAAGAGAAAUGGUAAGGAAACAUGAAGUGAAGGCCCUCAUGAAGCUCAAGCAUCCAGCUCGAGUGGAUUAUCUUCGCCGAUAUAUUUUUUAAAGCAUUUGGGUUUCUUGUUGAUAUUUAUCCCUCCCAUCAUCACUCUUCAAUCACCAGUUGUCUCCAUGUCAUUGUUGUAUACUAUUGAUCUGUAUAUAUAGUUCUGUAACUACACGAGCAUAGAAACGGCAUACCAUGUGAUCUACAUUUGAGGAUUCAACGCUGCUAAUCGCCAAAUACAUACAACUUUGUAAUCCCCCCUUUUUAACUUUUCUUAUAAAGAUGAAGAUCUUUUAAUAUA